GCACGGUUACGCAUGCGUCCUGCUUUUCGUUUAUUUCCAGGAAGGAGAAAGGGAUUGAAAGCUGGAAGCUGAAGUGGGAACGUGUGGGAUUUAUUGCGGAUCGGAAAGGGCAUAGUGGGAAUAUUGGAGAAUACAUAAAGAUAGGCUUUGUGGAAACCCAGUAGAGUUGUCACUGCAGCCAGGGACAGCAGAGCGAGCAAGGCGAGACGAGGCAGGGAAAGCUACACUAUCCCGGAAUAGCUUGAGUAUUCUAGUCUGCACCGACUAGGCAAAGGAGGCAGUUAUAAGUUAUACACACACGCUCUUGGCAUGUCUAGAAAUAUAACCGAGUCAGCGAUCACCAUAUUCUCGUCUCCAACUAGUAGGUGCAACUGAGUCUGCGAAGCUCGUGUCUGACUUUUGCGUCGUGUAGGGCUUGGUCUGUGGAACUUAUUAUUUAUUAUUAUUAUUAUUAUUAUUAUUAUUGUUGUCAAAAGCUAAUCUUAACGAUUUUACCUUCUCUAACGAUUUAAGGGUUAACUGCGAAGAAUUAAAAACUGUUAUUCAAUGGAAAAUUAGACAGUAAAAACGCUUAGAAGUUAAAUGUUGAAUUUAGUAAACGACACCGCAACUUAAACGGGUUUUUUUGUUUGUUUGCAUUUUUUACAGUGUAAGAACAAUGACAGUGUAUUACUAUUAGUUUGAAAAACUGAGGCCAGAAGCAAUCGGAGUACAAGCCUUUAAGUGAUCGUUUGGGAGGUAACACGCAGGGGACAGGCUUAGACCCAAUGAAUUCGCUUCCAAAACAAUUAAUAUUGAGACCGUAAGUCUGCUGAGGUACGCAUCGGUAAUAUAUAAAGCAUCUACACUCGAAGGGGUUUUCCCUCCUGGAUAGCCGUAUGGGGAUCCGUUGUGUCUGACAGCAAUGGGAGGUUGUGUCGGGAGAGAGCAUGGUGACACACAGGGUUCAGCUAGGAGCAGCUCCAGGAACCCACGAAAGCGCGGAGGUCGAAAUGAACCUCUAAAGAAGGACAAGCCCAAGUGGAAGAGCGAUUACCCGAUGACCGAGGGGCAGCUGCGGAGCAAGCGGGAUGAAUUCUGGGACACUGCUCCAGCAUUUGAGGGGCGCAGAGAGAUCUGGGAUGCCCUAAAGGCAGCCGCAAUUGCCAUUGAGUGCAACGACCAAGAGUUGGCGCAGGCAAUCGUUGAUGGAGCCAGCAUCACUGUUCCACAUGGCUCCCUGACUGAGUGCUAUGAUGAGCUCGGUAAUCGUUACCAGCUGCCGGUCUACUGCCUUGCUACACCAGUGAACCUGAUCACAGAGCACAGUGAGGAGGAGAUAACUGACGCUCCGGAGCCACAGGGUGGCACCAAGCGGGAUUUCCAGCUGAAGGUACGACUCUCAACAGGCAAGGACGUGCGCCUCAGUGCCAGCAUGACGGACACCAUCGGCCAGCUGAAGAAACAGCUCCAGGUUCAGGAUAAUAUCGACCCAGCCCAGCAGCGCUGGUUCUUCUCGGGAAAGCUGCUUACUGACAAAACCCGGCUGCAGGAAACCAAAAUCCAAAAAGACUUUGUGAUCCAGGUCAUAGUGAACCAGACGGCUGUCCCCAACUGAACCUCACUCAGGCACCCCAGCUGAUCCCUUUAGAGAGAGAGACCCACCCCUUCCAAUAUAACCUUUCUUUCUUUCCAUUCGCAUAAAUAAAUGCAAUGAUUACUAUUCCCUUAACACAGCCUACAAAGCUUAUCCUUGGGACAUUUUGGAAGGUGCUCACUGUGUAAACUCUCGGGGACAAUUGAUGUGCUAGUGCAGACCAGUCUGAGACUCUGUUUUUUUGCAUUUUAUAUAAAUGCAACAGUCCACACAAGCACAGACUACACUCACAAAUCGAGACAACAGUGCUGAACUGUAAACAGGAGAUGUAAAAAAGAUGCCGUAGAGUUCAAGAGUACAAUAUGAGAUGAGCAAAGCUGUUUGUCAAUCCCAGAAAAUCCCAGGACAAGAUGAAAUCAGCACAACUGGUACAGACUGGGAUGUUUGUGUUUCUGCCAUGUGACAAGACCACGAUCCUUGUUUAAAUGCGACAAAAAACAAAACAAAAUAAAAAGUUUAGUAUUUUUAAAAAUAAAUGUUUUGCCAUUCAAUGACAGAAAAAACAAAACAAAAAACACUAUUUUGAUUAAAAAGGCCCUCACUAAGCAGUUUCAGGUUUUGGUAAUCUCUGUGUCUGUGUCUGUCUUGCAUUUCUGUGAGCCCUAUAUUAACAGGCCUAUGUUUUGUGUGCCAGAACAGAUUGUGGCUCUGCAAUCCAUAUCGACAGCCACUGUCCUUGCUAAUGGUAAGGAAGGCGGGAGGACAGUGAUUCAAGCAUGACACUAUACCAGGGAAUGAGACUCCCUGCUAUUGCAGAACCUCUUCACGCACUUUAAUGGCUACUGUGAGCUCACCCCCAAUUCUUUGGAAGUCAUGCUGUUUUAACACGGCUGCAGUUAUUUUAUGAUUAUUUUGUGUCUAACCUAAGAUCAUGUCUUGCAUGUUUUUUGGGGAAUAUUUCAGUCCUGCCUAAACUGUAAAAAUGCUUUUCAGCAAGUGAAGUGGUGCACCUACUUUCUCCUCUGUCUUCUGUGUGAUAUUUAGAGUUAAUUGAGUAUACCAAUAGCACAAUACUAAGUGGUAGUGUAGCCUACUAACAAUUAGCACGUUAUCAAAUAGACAGUAAUAUUUGAAGUUAGAAUAAUUACUACAAUUAAACAUGAAAGUUACACUAACGGACAAAAUGUAGUGAACUAAUAAAUAGCAUAUUGUAGAGUGCACGGAAAGAUGACACAUACAUAAUUACAAUUACAUAAGAGAAAAUUUUAUGUAGUUUUACAGAUCAACAAAACACUACAUGUGGUGAUGCAGCACGUUUUACAAAGUGCUUCUGUGCUGCAGUGUGGAUGUGAGGGAACAGCAUGAUGCAGUUUUGUCUGUUUCAUAUCUGUUUUAAAAGAAUACCAAAUAUGGUCUUGGUCUGUUUAUCACACCUCUGGUCCUGAAGGGCUUUUAAAUUGCAAUAAAUUAAUCAAACACAUUAUGGUAAUGUGGCAAGGGUGUUAGUCUCUCACAGUUUUACUUGAAUCUGUACUGAGAUCGUCCACAUGAGGAUGUAAUUGAAUAACAUUCAAUUCCUUAUUUGGCAGAUCUGUGAUUUUUUUAUUUUUUUUAUUUUGCUUUACCCUCAAGAUAUAUCGUGCACCAGGCUUGGGAUAUGUCUGGGCUGGGCUUUGUAAGAGGCAACGUUUCAGAAUUCCUGUUUUAGUGCAAGAAUGCACAAUAUAUUUUUUUUGUUUGUUUUAAACUCAAGGAGCUCUAGAGGCCCACACACUUAGUCCAAGCAAGUAUGUAAUACCGUGAUGUUUAUUAAUGUUACCUUUUGGCACUGGACUGUAAAACUCCUCUCUUGCACCUUGAGAAUGAGGAGUCAUCCAACUUCCAAGUUCUGUUUCAUAAGAAAAAACUCAAACGGCUUCUACGUUAUACAUGCAGACUAAAAACACCAUCUUGAAUUCGAUGGGUGUAAAUAUUUAGAAAUCUGUAUAUUUAGUUUAUAUAUAGGUGAAAUAUUAUAAGCUAGGGUUUCUGAUAAGUUAAUAUCUGUACAAUGGAUUUUACAGGUUGUGUACAUUUAUAAGAAGGUUGAUUUUCUUUGUAAGCUGGCAAAUAAAAUUGAAACUUCUGAUUCUUUGUUGUAUUGCUUUUUGUUACUAAUGGACAACUAUGUGACAAUGUGGUGCAUUGUGUUCCCCUGUAGUCAGAUUCUCGGAUAUACAUUAAAAACUCGCACACAAUGUAGCUUGCAUCUGGUGUUUGGAUGUGUCUAUUGAUAGAGAAAUUACAUUUCCAUAGUAACAUCACCUGGAUUGUCUGUGAAGAUACAG